CCCGAUUAGACUCGGGCUACGAUGAAAGGUUCCCAGAUCUCCAAAAUUCAUUUCCAUUCCGCUAGCCUCCCCAUCCAUCCAUCUAUUAGAGCAUGGAGCUACACAGUCUCUCUCACCCGCUUGAUCGUUCAUUCAUAGGUACACAUGAUGGUAGACUUAGGUCAUCGUAAUGGUAGACUUACCAUCUCCAGCCGUUCCUGCGACGCUUGUCGCACCAGGAAGGUCCGGUGCGAGAUGAGCAGCCCUGUGUUGGCUGAAGCCGAGCCAUGUAAACGCUGUGCGAGAUUAAGCGUAACAUGCACCUUCGACAUCCCAACGAGAACUCGGGGGCCGAGAAGAAGGGAUGAGCGACGGGAAGGCUCAAACAACAAUCCCGGAAGCUUGGGGUUCCCGCAGCUGGGAACCAAAGAAGCUUCUCUUCAAUACUCACCUGCCAGCAAUUCGCGUGGUGGCCCUGCUGCCCUGGCGGCGCCGGGAUUCUCUCCACAGUCAUCGACCUCAUCCACGUUCGAGCUGGCAACUAAACCUGUGUAUCCAACGGAUGCGCUCUGCUCGCGGCGCCUUUUCAAACGGAUAUUGAGGGACUACAUACGAUUUAUUUACCCCCUGAUUCCGGUUGUCCAUCGGCCAUCCUUCCGUAAUGAUCUCGAUCAGGACCGAGAUCUCCACGACGAUGUCUUCUUGGGCUUGGCAUUCGCUCUUUGUGCAGUCGUGGUUGGCAUUAUGCCGUCCCGGUUCGACAGCUACCAUACCCACAACCCACCUCUGCGCUUCACCUCGCGACUGGAAACAAUAAACUGCUGUUACGACCUCUUGAUGGGCCUACGUGGACCCACGUACUUCGACGAGAUCAACUAUCAAAAGUUCGCUGUGGCAUAUUUGAUGUCGAUUGCCUUCUUCCAGCUUGGGGAACAGAACCGCUCGCGCAUGAUGGAGGUUGAAGCCAUGCAGCUCGGACGACUUCUCCAUCUGCAUAAAAAAUCCGAGUAUGAAGGCCUUAACUGUAUUGAGAAGCAGCUACGGAAGAAAGGAUUCUGGCUUCUUUUUUAUGGCUAUGUACAUUCUCAAUUGCAGAACCUUCGGAGGGAGAAGCUCAACUUUCUUGACCCUAUAUGGCUAUCUUCAACAAACAUAGAAGAGCUUUUGCCCCUUGAAGUGGACGACGAGAUGAUCCACGAGGAUUCGGUACUUGCUCCCGAACCCGGUACAACUUGUCUCACAAGCGGCUUCAUCAUCCACUCAAAGGUCUUCCGCGCCGCGCUUGUGCCAGCUUUACAAGCGCAUAGAUCUGGAGACAUCGGAGAGUCCUGUCAAUGCCGGAGGGCGCAAGAUGUAAGUGCGAAUAUAGCACACUUGACAGCUCGGCUCCAGGAGCUCAGUUACAUGCUCGACAACACGAUCCCACCGCCAUUGCGACAAUGGGCGCACACUCCCACUACAGAAUCCCACGACGGCGAUUCAGUUCCGACUGCUGUGGCACCAGAUUUGCUCGAGAAUGCUGUGGAAUCACAGUUCGCAUCGAUGCGUGCGAACUUACACGUCACGCACUUGUGGCUGCAGAGUAUCGUAAUUGACCAGCUUGACAGCGCUGAAGCAGCAGCAAGCACUGCCUCAGAUUACAAUGUGAAUGCCCAUAGGAGAAAAUUGCUUUGGAGACAGCGCGAAGACAUCUGUCGGCAGCUGUUACAUGUGCUGCAUGGCCUUCCAGAAUCGGCUCUUGAGCCCAACGGUCUUCACCUUGCGUUCAAGGUGCGCGACGUUGCUGUAGGGCUGCUGGCAUGUCCGUAUGAUGAGGACGAAAUGGCGGCGAAGCGUGCGGGCGAGUACAUCCGUGAAUUAACUGUCAUUCUCUCAAGACUGGACCAGAGCGAGAAAAUGAACACGGCAAACCUACAAAGCUGGAUCGAUACGGACAGAAUCAAGGAUGGUACGACACAUGGCGGAACAAGCCAAAAUGAUCAUUGGUAGCUGAGGGAAGGAAAGAACUAUAGUGGACAAGCACUUACGUUCUUCCAGAUUUCAUAUAUGGCUGCGCAAGAAAUCUCAAGAUUGUAUCUAGGUUUUCGAAU